UGUGACUCAACCAAGACUAACUCCCCACUCCUACGUAUAAAAAGACCCCAUGAAAAAUAUAUAUAAUGCAUGGCCAUAUAUAAGAAAUCCUCUAUAGCACCCCUCUCUCUCUCUCUCGCUUUUCCGCCUCUUGUAUUAACAGUUGAGGGGAAUGUUGUCUGGUUCGAUGUCAUUCAUGUGAAGCUCGAACUAGUUCUUAACUGAAUGAUUUCGGACCAGGCUUCAUUCCCCCCAACAGGUUUUGAUUUGCAUCUGCACUAAUUAAAGAAUAUUAAUAUCUUUGCUAAUUCGUCAUCUUUCAAAGGCAGUAGAUAUUAAGAGGUGCAGGAAAGGAGGAUAUGCAUCUUUGGUCGAUUGGUUUUGAUCUGAUGCAAAUCAUUAACAGGGAAAUGAACCACAGAUAAAGCAAUUAUGAAAUUUCAGCCACCAGAUGAUGGCGGCCGGCAUGUCGAUGAUAAUAGCAAACCAACCUUCACUCAGAUCUUUUUAGCCUCCACAAUCGGCUUAAUCAUUGCGGCAGCAAUGCAUUAUCGUUUUCGACAGACAAGGUAUCGAAAGAUCAUCCCACGUUUAAAACUGAAGGGAGACGGCCGAGGAGAGAAGCUUGAAAGCUUCCCUCAUUAUGUAGCUAGGCAAAUGGGAUUUGCAGAUAGGAGAGAAUGUCCGCAUCUCUGCAAGUUAGCUGCAGAAUACAUUUGCAAGAGUGAAAGCUGUGAGGAAGAAAUUUAUGCAUUUUUUUCAGAUGAAAUUGAAGCAGAUUCGCUCUUUGUAAAGCUUCUUGAGGAGCUUGAGAGAUGCAUUCUUAGUUAUUUUGCAUUCCACUGGAGCCAUGCUGAUCUUCUUAUGCAUCAGGUACUGACUGCUGAUGCUGAACCCAAAAAGAAGUUUAAGAACAUUAUCAUGGCAGCGACAAGGGAACAGAGAUUCGAGAGGGUGACAAAAAACCUCAAGGUAGCUAGGGUGUUCAAUACAUUGGUAGAGGAAAUGAAAGCAAUGGGACUAGCUUCAAAUGAUGAUUCGCAAUGUACAGAGGUUAUGGCUCCAGUGGCACACUCUGAUAGAAGUCCAGUCCUCCUCUUCAUGGGCGGUGGAAUGGGUGCCGGGAAGAGCACUGUGCUUAAGGACAUCCUCAAAGAACCAUUCUGGGCAGGAGCAUCAGGAAAUGCAGUGAUUAUUGAGGCAGAUGCCUUCAAAGAAUCAGAUGUCAUCUACAGAGCACUUAGCUCCAGAGGACAUGCUGACAUGAUUCAAACUGCUGAAUUGGUGCACCAAUCAUCAACAGAUGCAGCAUCUUCUCUCUUGGUGACAGCCCUGAAUGAAGGGCGAGAUGUGAUCAUGGAUGGCACACUUUCUUGGAUACCAUUUGUUGUGCAGACAAUAACAAUGGCAAGAAAUGUUCACCGCAAACGUUAUCGCAUGGGAGCUGGUUACAAAGUAAACGAUGAUGGAACUGUAACUGAGAACUACUGGGAGCUGAUUGAAGAAGAAGACCAACAAGACGGAACCAAAAAGAGAAAACCAUAUAGAAUAGAAUUGGUCGGAGUUGUUUGUGAUGCUUAUUUAGCUGUCGUCAGAGGCAUAAGGAGAGCCAUAAUGUGCAGAAGAGCUGUAAGGGUGAGGUCGCAAUUGAAAUCCCACAAGAGAUUUGCAAAUGCGUUUCUAACCUACUGCCAGCUCGUCGAUACUGCCAGACUGUAUUCCACCAACGCUUUAGAAGGCGCACCUAAGUUGAUAGGAUGGAAGGAAAGAGACAAGACUCUGCUGGUUGAUCCAGAUGAAAUAGACUGUCUGAAUAGGGUGGGUAGAUUGAACGAGGAAGCAGACUCCAUAUAUCAGCUUUACAAGCCACCUAACCCAAACAUGGCGCGUGGUUCAAUUUGGAAAGACAUAGUAUUAUCACCAUCAAGGUUAAACAUUCAAAAGGAGUUGAAGUAUUGCAUUCAAAAAGUUGAAGGAUCAAAAUCAUAAACUAGUUUUUCAUCGCAGACGAAGUUCUAAGCUUUUUUAUGUUUCAUGAAGCAAAAGAUCAAGCAGAUACAGGCAUCUGAAUUUUCACCUUGUUUGACAAUAGAAUAUCAUACCAGGGUUGGACCAUGUAUUGCUGGUUUUAUGUGUAACAUUCAUCUUCUUAUUUUGUAUGCUGUUUCUCCCCCAAUUAUGAGGCCUAUUGUAGAAAAUUCUAUAGUACAUCUGGUGGAAUAUUCACUCACUCGCAUGUAAGUGAGUUCUCCAUGAAAUAAAGAGGAUGGAUCCCACAUAAUUAUUAAUGAA